AGUCCACGUGCGAUGGAGAAAAAAACAGAGCCUGUCUCGGCCUCGGCCCCUACUUCGCCUCAUCACUCCUCCAAAGCUGGCAAGGCAGCGAGGAGGGAGCCCUCCCCCGCCUCAAGGGGUCACCGUCCCAGGGCCAACAAGACGGUGAGACUGACGGAGUCCCGUGAGAGAAAAGACAGGAAGAAGAAGGUGACUCUGGAGAUCGAGGGAGCGAAGGCAGAGGACGAGGAGGACGGGGCAGUGAAGUCCAGCUCCACAGUGAAGUCCAGCUCCACAGUGGUGGAUGUGGACGCUGUGAGAGAGGACGACAGGGCCGGGGAGAGUGAGGAAUCGUUGGGGCUGCUGCUGGAGAGUGGGUGGCAGGAGGAAGGUGUGAAAACGAGGAAUCUAGGCUUGUGUGAGUGGCUGCUCAUGGUGCUGGCGUUGACCCUGGUUCUCCUCUUCCUACCCCUCUCCAUCUGGUUCUGUGUCAAGGUAGUGAGAGAGCAUGAGCGAGCUGUGAUCUUCAGACUGGGUCACUUACUGCAAGGCCGACCCAGAGGACCUGGUCUUCUUUUCUACCUCCCAUUCCUGGACGUUUUCCAGAGAGUAGACAUUCGACUGAAAAUGCUCAAGGUCCCACCUCACACAGUGGUGACUAAGGACCUGGUGAGCACAGAACUGGGCGCGGUGGUUUACUACCGGAUAGAGAACGUGGUUCUGUGCUCCACAGCCCUGUCUGGUCUGACCACCAUGCUGCAGGCUGUGGCCCAGGUGGCACUCAGAGAUGUGCUGGCCCAUCACAACUUCACCCAGGUGCUCCUGGACAGGAAGAGGAUAAGCCGGGAGAUCCAGGUGGCCGUUGAUUCUGUGACCUGCCAGUGGGGGAUCAAGGUGGAGCGAGCAGAAAUAGAGGACAUUUGUCUCCCAGUGGAGUUGCAGCAUAGUCUAGCAGUGGAGGCAGAAGCCAAGAGGCAAGCCCAGAUCAAGGUGAUUGCGGCUGAGGGAGAGAGAGCGGCCUGCGAGGCUCUGAGGGUCUCUCUCGACUCCCUGACGGGCUCUCCUGCCGCCGUGCAGCUGCGCCUGCUGCAGCUCCUCCACACCUUGCGCAGCGACCGCCCCACCAUGGUCCUCAACCUCCCGUCGGACCUCAUCACCCUGCCCUCUGACCUCUCCCUCCUGCCCGCCCGGGCUUUAGGAGGGACCAGGGAAGGUCGCGACUCAGACUCUCCCAUGAUGUAGGGACUAAUGGAAUGUUGUGACUGCGGAAUUUUCAAAUAGAGAGGA